AUGCAUCGACCCUCGAGGGUAUUGCAACAAUGCGCACACGGCACUUCGAAGCGCAUAGCCUCGGUGGAACGACAGACUAUUGUUAUCAGAGCCCAAGAUGUACGACAUUUAUUCGGUUUCGGGGGCCACCAGUCGACUACAAUAACAUACAGUAGUACAGUUGUAUCUCGGAAGUACCACGCGAACUGCAACCGUACAGACCACAACCGCCCGAAUUUGCACCCAGUGACGAGACCCUUAUCGACAGUUGCCACGAGUCCCGGGCCUGGCGCGACGGAGCAAAAUGUCGCACAAUGUUCGACAAUACAAGAUCUCGAUCGGGCUGAGCUGAACGCGUCAGAUGGAAAACCCAUCGACUGGAACAAACUUGUUGUAUACAUGGAGAGAAUACACGGCGCAAACGGUGUCUGUGCAGUUAUGGAAAGGCUCAGGGAACGCGAAAGCCUGGAGGCUGUUAUGGUAUCAGAUGGCAUGAGAAGUAUCUUUGUGUCUGCUGGAAUUCAAUCGUCUUCAAACCGCCAAAUACUCUUUGCCUGCGCCGACGAUCUUUUGCAACAAUUCGACUAUCGAUGGCCAAAUUUCUACACAAAAUGUAUGCAUAACCUUCUACAAGAGCAAGCGUUUGAGGAAGCUGUUGAGACACACCUGCGCCUGGCUCCGAAAUAUCUCCCUGAUCAUCACAUUUUGGGCAUGUUUUUCGAAAACUUUGUUCUGAACCCCGAUAUCAAGAUGCAAAAGGCGCUAAGGCAGAUAUACCUCUCCCUACCUCGACAGAACCUUUACGACAUUGUCAUCCCGGCCCUCUUCAGAUCAGGCCAGUCGACGUUGGCCAAAUGCUGGCGCCGAACGUUCUUGCUCUGCGGCGACUUUCCCUCUUCCGAGUUGUCAGGGCCCUUUCUUGCAUUCCUUGGCAGUUAUUAUACGAACAUCAACUUUGCUCCAGCGGAGCGCCACAUUAUAGAUGUCAUCCUAAAGAAGAACAAGCCCAUGAAGAGUAAGAAGGGAACGACAAUACGGUGCAUAACCGCGACGCCGAAGAUAUCAAAGAGCUAUGGGGUGGGCAAGAUUGCCUCACCCGAUCGGAGCCUUCAGAUUACUGGGAAUCUGGUUCAGGCAAGGUCAGAGACCAAAAUUUUGGUAGAUGGCAUCAUUGAGAAAUUAUUCGCCAGCAGCUGGACACCUAUCAAUUUUGCCAUGCAAUUAGCAAAAAAAGCUGGAAUUCAAUCCAUAGGACCACGAGCAUUCCAAGCUCUCGCCCUUCGAACAAGCAGUGCGGCUGAGGUCAAUGAGUUGAUUGAGAAACUGCAUAAGCUCAAUAUUCUCAUCCCCGCGGAUGCAUAUUGUACUGCGGUAGUGGAGUUUGCUAGGCAGGGUCAAAAUUCCUUGCUGAGCAAUCUUCUACAGUCUGACAUACACCCAGAGGAAUUUGAUGAUGGAGAUACGAGGCAAAUGAUCCUAGAUGAUUCUGUCCGCAGAAACGAUGCAGAACAAGAAAGCUUAAUGCGUGGCGUCAUGAGUGUGGUCGCUCUGCAAACACAACAACAUCCCACGCCGUUUCAGCCUGUCACCGUCGAACCUGAGUUUACCCUAGAACAACUUCUGUUUGAUGAACCCCGGCGAAUGAAGCUUGCACUUGAGCGGUUGGUUUCUUUGGAUUUUCGCAUCGGCUCCAUUGAAGCUUCCGCCAUUUUGCGCAGAGCAUUCGCAGCUUUUCCAGUCAAUAGCUAUGGGAUUGCGUGGAAUUCAAAAGAAUGUAUCCGCAUCCUGGACGAAGUCAUCGGGGUGGUUCGUUGCAUUGCAGCUCAGAAUGUUGCUAUCCGUGCUGGGUACUGGAAAAUGUUGUUACUUGGCCUAGGACACCAAGGAAGACUCGACACUUUGGAGCAACUCAGCCAGGAGAUUGUGGACAUGUAUGAGCAAAACCUUGGGGGUUGGCUCCCGGUACACAAGGCGGAUUUACCGAAGAUGACAAAACUCGCUACCGCAAUUCUGCGGCGCACUGAGAAUUCGGGUUAUAUCCCGGCCGAUCUUUCCUUUUACCACCACCACCAUCCCUUGUUCAAAAUCUUCGACGGCAGCUUUCAACGGACCAUGGUGAAGUUGGGAUUUGAUUGGGCCCUCAACGCUAUGAGGGGCACACCUUUGACUCCUGCCGUGCAAAAUGCGGCAGUGAUGAGGUUUAAUGUUGCGUCCGGUAUACAUCUACUAGCAAAUCUACGGGACCGGGGUGUUUUUAUCGACUUAGAUCUGGUCGAGUCGGCUGCGCGCAACGGCAUCUAUUUUAGCCAGCGCUGGAGACAACGCGACGGCGACUCGAGGGGCAAACAUUGGCUAUCAUCAAUGCAGAUGAAGCAGGCCAUUGAUCAUGCGUGGGGAUCAACGUUGAUGCCGGCUGGGUACGUCAUUUGUCUUGAUAAGAAGGAUUUUCGAGCGCUGCCGGCGUCGAAAAGAUGA